CAUGGCUUUGGUCUUUUUCUACUUUAUGCUUUGCGGCCAACUGAAACCCAAACUGAGUCUUACCAAGAGUGUGUUGUACCAUGGGUUCUCAGCAAUCCGCCAACUUGUCAAUACCUACGGAAAGCCGCUGCUUCUAGACGUAUUCUAAUGCACAGCAAAGUCUCACCCGCAUGUGGCAUCGGCCAUCGCAUCGCCCACCCGCAAGAAACCAUGUGGCGACCGCGUCCACCCCUCUGGGCAGUGGGUGUCGUGGCCCUAGUGCUGCGCUAGCACAAUCUCCCAAGAAAGCCUCCGUCCCCAUGUUCAUAGGGUCGCGCUCGCUGCAAGAACCCUGUCGCCAAUGGCGGGGUUGCUCGCUUCGCCUCGGGAAACGAUGGCGGGCUGGCCCUGUCCCUGGCGCCAGCCAAAGUCUAUUCAUGGCUAUUUGACUCUGCACAUGUCUCAUGAUGACAGCCUCUUGUUGUGUUUGCUUCUUCGCAUUGUUACAAGCCUCCCUUUGCAUGUUCCCUGCUGACAAUUUGAAGCGCCCGCGAUUCAUGCCUCCUUUCAAGCGUUGGACGCCACCACAAACGAGUUCAUCCACUGAGCGCAAGGCGUGCUGCGGGUUUUUUUUAACUGGGGCGGCAAGCCUCGUUUUGGACUGUGCUUCCUCUGCGACAAUUCGUGGUUGAAUUCAACCUGAACUAGAAGCUAAGCUGAUCCACACCAUCUUUCCAGCUGCACGGUUUAGCCAUUCCGAGCCUUUAGAUGUACCCUUUGAAAAGGCUGCCUGCCGUGGCGCUCUUUUUUUCAUUUCAGGGAAUCCACCUAUCCUGUACAGAGUUCUCCUCGGCUGUCAGUUCCCGCCCGUCUGCUGGCUCCCACGCCCUCCCCCGGGAGCGAAUAGCAUCUGCCAGUGGCCGUCGGGGCCACUGUUACUGGCCGAUUUUGUUCCUAGGCUCGAUGUAGCCGCUGUCUUCGGGCCUUUUGGAGCUGGCCUAGGCCUCUCGCUAUCCCCCGUUGGCUCUUGGCCUUUGUUGAGUCCCCGCUGUAAACACUAUAAUUCGGGGCCAGCGCCCCGAGCACUUGCCCCAGUCCGAUCUUGUGAAAGUGCCCACAUAGUCAUGCGACAGACUACUCUCUUGAGCUGAAAUGCCCGUUCUUCUACCUUGUUGCCCCUCUUCAGAUUAAUAUUUUUCACUGCACUCUCCUCCUGUUUAUGACAAUUUCUGCUUCCAGCUCAAAGCUGUGAACGACGUGUCAAAACGUCACCAGUUCUGUCACCGAUGCAUUCGCCAUCCAGAUCUUCGGCUGCGCGGGACCACCUGUCCAAUGACUUCAGUCGCAUGAAUGUCGAGGAUUCGAAUCGCCGCGGCCUUUACACAUCUGAUACAGAGCCCCGUCGAUUACCUGUGUCGCCGACUUCACCUCUGAAAUAUGGCCGUCCCAAGACUCGCGGUAGCGUAGAGUCGAGCCCGUUGGAAGGGCCUAGCAGCCCGAUGUCUUAUAUCGACAGCUGGAAUCACCCAGGCACGAGAAUCGACAAUACAAUGCCACGUCCUCCCACUCCGCCGCGAAGUUCCGCUAGGGUCCCUAGUGGAAGUCUUUAUAGAACCAGCAGCGGCAAAUCGGCACAAUCCGUCUCCAACACCUCUUCAUAUAGCCUCUAUCCUGCACCCACACGGCCACUACCUCCCAUUCCUCCACCGAAAUCAUCAUCUUCUCAACGUCUUUCGGGAUCCACAGAUUCUCAUAGUCGCGCAUCCAUCAGCACAACCAGAUCGACUCCCUCUAUGGGCGGUUCUGCCCCGCAGUUUGAACUGCUGCACCAGGUCCCUACGCAGAGAUAUUCCGGUGGAAGUCGAGCAGUCUCCCAUCGAAGCGCAACGCCUCUGGUGUUGAACUUUUGGAAGAACAUCGUUGUUAACACUAAGAGGGCUAACAAUAGUGUGCACUUUUUGGACAUCUCGUCAUCUGGCGCAACACUUUCAAGCAAGCACGGGAAUAACUUAGUCAACGUUUGGGGCAUCGAUAGUGGCAACCUGUUAAGCACGAUCAAAUUCUCCAGCUAUACGGAGGCUCGGUCACGUUCGCGAGAUUACAUGAUUCGAAGCCAUGCCAUUAUUUCGGAGUCAGCUACGCUUAUUGCUAUCGCGACGCGUUUUGGAAGAUCUAUCGAUAUUUAUGACUGGGUGAAGAAGAAAAGUAUUCAGUGUAUCGCGGACGCAGAUCGAUGGGCUGCUACCAAGAAUGAGAUCUUUGACAACUCCCUCGACGGACGAGCAUCGCUGGCCGUCUAUCGUGGCGAGGAGCACUCAGUGGAACUAUAUCUAGCGAGCCGCGAGAAGAAAAAGCCAUUUAUGAGCUUGCGCGAAAUCAACUUGAAGGAAGCCGGUUUACCAUUUGUUCCACAAUAUCCGGAACUGGCAUUCUCAUCGACAAGCCCGUUACUAGUGCUUGCGGCUGGCCCAAGACCGCCAACUGCGGGCCAUCCUCCCCCAGAAAAAGAAACACUCUUGGCAGCCUGGGAGACUCAAAUUGACUCGAUGUCGCCGCUGAAGCCAUACAGAAUUGUCCGACCUUGGCAACAUAAGGAAUUGGACACGGCAGUGCCAUUUGAUCUCGUGACGUAUGGCAGCGUUACAGUAUGCAUAUGGAUUCCAGCCAGCUUCCGAACGGUUCCUGGACGGGGCGGAACAGGCUACAACAUUGUCCCUGUGGCUGUUCCCAACCGUUACGUUUUGUUUUGGGACAUGGCUGCCAACGCAACCCGCACCUUUCCGAUUCCAAACUGCACAUCUUGUGUCUCGCCAGAUUGUCGUCUUGUCGCAUACUGCAACACCUCGGGUUCCGAGAUUGGCGCCAGAGGCACCAUUGCGAUUGUUGAUGUUAUCACAGGCGAGGAGAUUUGGUCGUGGCCGGAUAAGGAUGCGACAGCCGGUCCACAGCAUAGCCCCAUUCACUUUGAAGAUUUAUCCACAGUUAAUGAGCUGGCCUUUUCAGCAGACGCACGGUUCUUGACCGUAGGAGGCAGCAACGGCGUUAUGGGAAUAUAUGACGUUCGCGAACUAGCACCAGAACGGUUCUGAGAUGGCGAGGUAUAAUGAUAAUUUGUAGCGUGUAAUGAUACCAAUAGUGUUAACAAGAUUUUACAUAUUGCUCAUCUCAGUAGACUUUUCAUUAGUCGUCUUGUGAAUACCCAAAGUUUGAGCAGCGCAGCCUCUUGAGAUCAGCGCGAUACUGUGCUUAGUAUACAUAGCGAAAGUUAAUCAUCUCCUUAUCAGUCAAAUCUAAAAACUGAGCAUCCUCGGCGGUAGUCAGAUUCUCUGUACGGCCUUGUUCCUGUUGCAUGCGAUCGCGUCGUCUGUUCUGCCAGAUAAGAUGGACGCGAAGCAGAAUACAGCAGCUAGUGGCAACGCAGUAGCUGACCAGGAUAGCGAUGAAACCAGAUGGGUAGGCUGGUUUCUCACGUUCGAAGAACAGGUGAGGGCCGAUAAUAUUGCCAACACAAUAGGCGACAAA